AUGAAUCAGUUUAAAGCAUGUGGUUUACGACGUGAUGAUCAGUUUGAAGCUAUACCUUUAUUAUUAGAGGGCGAUGCUUAUUUAUGGUAUGCUGACAACAGUGAUGCUAUUUUCAACUUCGAAACAUUCAGUAAGUUAUUCCUUCAACAAUUCAAAUCAACGACAUCAUCACCAACAAAUUCUAUAGUAGGUACAGGCACAUUAGUGACCACAGUACCUGAUAAUUCAUCUACAUCACAUUUACAACGAACAGUAGCAGAUGAAAUCAUUAAACGACCGACAUAUUUUCGUGGUUCACAUGAUGAUGUAUAUGACCGGUUGGAUAAGUUGGAGCAACGAUUUACAAUGGCUCAAUGGAAUGAUGAAAAUAAAUUACAUUAUAUAUCAAUACACUUACAAGAUGAUGCAUAUCGGUGGUGGAUGCAAACAUCCUCAACAAUCAAGGCCUGGUCUUCGUUUAAAGAUGCAGUCACACGAGCUUUUGGAUCAACACGAGCACAAGAAUUAGCAUUCGAACAAUUAAAAUGGUAUAAACAAACAAUUAACCAAUCCAUUACACAAUAUUAUGACAAAAUUAUUGAAUUAUGUAAGAAAGUUGAUCCUGUGAUGCCUGAUUGUUUGAAAUUGAAAUAUUUAAUGGCUGGAAUUAAAGAAUCAUUGAAGACACAUGUUGCAUUACAAGAUCCUCAAACAACAGAAGCAUUUUUAUCAUCAGCAAAGAAGAUAGAAGAUGUAUUAUCACUCACCAAUACAAAUAAUGAAUUACUGGACAAUGAUAUUACCAUUAUUAAUGCAACUAGUUAUCAAAAUCAAUUACGUAAUCAAGUAACAUUCACACAAACAUCAAACAAUAAAUUUAAUCAAAAAAAUUCUGGCUAUGCAGACGCAACACAAACUCGUACAACUUCUAAUAAGAAUACAACAGCUGGAAAUGACGCAAAUCGACAAAAUAAAUUCUCAAAUUCUACAAGAUCAACACAGAAACUAGGUGUUUGUUACAAUUGUGGUACUCCUGGCCAUUAUGCCCGGGAU